AUGGGCGAAGCCAAGCAGGUAGCUUUAGUAGUCGGUGCCUCGAGAGGCAUAGGUCGACAAAUCGCCAUUGACCUCGCGAAGAAUGGUUAUGCAGUCGUCGUUGCUGCAAAGACCAUAAGCGACGCAUCCAAGGCCAACCAUUUCCCACCGAAUCCCAACUCAAAUGAUUCAACCAUCAGCACGGUAGCCCGUGAAAUUCACGAGGCCGGCGGCGACGCAACGCCCAUCGCCGUCGACGUCCGAGACCAAGACAGCGUCACACGGCUCAUCGAACAGACGAUCAAGAUCUACGCCCGCCUGGACGUCCUUGUCUACAACUCGGGCGCAAUCUGGUGGGCCUUGGUUGAAGACACGCCCCCCACACGCUUCCAGCUCAUGCAACGCGUGAACCCAGAGGGCCUUUACCUGACCCUCCACGCCGCGCUCCCGCACCUCAAGCGCGAGCGGCGCGGCCGCGUUGUUGUAGUCAGCCCGCCCAUCUACAGCCGCUUCUUCCGGGGCAAGACGGCCUACGCCAUGGGUAAAGUCGGCAUGAGCGUCUUAACCAAGGGCCUGUCAAUGGACCUCGUCCGGCAAGGGUUAGACGACAUGGCCAUUACGAGUAUCUGGCCCGCCGUGGCCAUCGAAUCCGCAGCAACCCAAAAAUUCCAAGCCGCAAACGCAGACGAAUCAAAGGACCUGCGCAAGCCCACAAUCUUCUCCGACGCCAUCCUCGAGAUCCUGCGCGCGCCCGCGGCAAAAGUCAACGGCGAGCUCGUCCUCGACGAAGACUUCUUGCGGGACCACGCCGGCGUCACGGACUUUUCAAAGUACUCUCUCGUUCCCGGAGCCGAGCCACGGAGAAUCAUGCCCGCGGAACUGCCCGAUCUGCGCGUCAAGGAGCAGGACGACGAGGGGAAGAGAUAUGAUAGCGCCAAAGCUAAGCUUUGA